GACUGAGGUCCUCAGCUGUUCCAACCCAUCAACCUCACAUAGCAGGGCUCAGCCUGCUGUGCAUACAAUUACGCCCAGAAAAUCAUGGAUACACAUCACAAAGACCUUCCCAAAUCUACGAGAGUUUGAGUCACAGAGGGAAUCAGAGAAAAAAUAACAUGAAGAAAACAUCAGAGGGACUACAGACAGAGACUGAAUCCUGAGGCCCUGGGAAGUGAGGAAACAUUUUGGUCAGCUUCCUUCUUAGACUCAACCACACCGAACUAAUAAUACGACAGUUAUUACCAGCUGGUGAAGACUUCAGUGUGAUCUGUACACGUUUGAACUAAAGACUUUGGUGUAUUGACAAGUUUAGCCUUGCACCAUGGACCAGGAGGAUGACAAAAACUCUGUGGAUAUUCAUGACAAUCCUCCAGCUCCUGACAACGUAGUGAGGGAAGAUGGAGACACUGUCUAUUUCAUCUAUGAGGAGGAGGUGGAGGUAGAGGAGAAGGAACCAGAGCCUCCUCCAGAGCCUGUUAUUCGGAUCAAUGACAAACCCCACAAGUUUAAGGACCAUUACUGCAAGAAGCCCAAGUUCUGUGACGUCUGUGCUCGCAUGAUCGUUUUGAACAACAAAUUCUGUCUGAGGUGUAAGAACUGCAAGACCAACAUCCAUCAUUCGUGUCAGCACUACGUCGAGUUCCAGAAGUGCUUUGGAAAAAUUCCACCAGGCUUCAGACGGGCCUAUAGCUCCCCACUGUACAGCAGUGACCAACCAGACCCAAACAACCCGAACCGGAACGACCCCGUCUUUGAUACCUUGAGGGUUGGUGUCAUCAUGGCCAACAAGGAACGCAAAAAGAAUGAAAACGACAAGAAGAAUAUGAUGAUGAUGAUGGAAGAGGAGGAGGAAGAAAACCAACAACCCAAAGAAAACGAAGAGGGAGGAGAAGGGAAGCCUGAAGAUAAAAAAGAAAAAGGUGGAGACAAAGCAGAUGACAAGGCUAAAGGCACCUUCACCGGGUCCCACUACUACCUGGCUCUCUACCGCUUCAAAGCCAUCGAGAAAGACGACCUUGACUUCCACCCUGGUGAUCGGAUCAUAGUUCUGGAUGAUUCCAAUGAAGAGUGGUGGAGGGGAAAGAUGGGGGAGAAGACCGGCUACUUCCCCGCCAACUACCUCAUUAAAGUGCGUGCGUCUGAACGGGUUUACAAGGUGACCCGCUCCUUUGUGGGCAACAGAGAAAUGGGACAAAUUACACUCAAGAAAGAUCAGAUUGUAGUGAAGAAAGGAGAUGAGAAAGCUGGCUACCUGAAGGUCAGCACAGGACGCAAGCUGGGCUACUUCUCUGCAGAUCUUCUUCAGGAGAUCACCUUCACAUAAAGUGCAACAAUAUGCAAGAAAAAAAAAAGAUCUGCAAAAAAAUUUAAGUUUUCUUUUAUUGUGUUUGCUGUGAUCUAUUUCUGUUGUUGACAUGCUGGUUAUUUGAAAAACCUUUCAUUAUUUUUUUCAUCAGCAUUUUAGACUGUUGUGUUCAGAAUAGCACACAGAUGCUUUUAAGCAUUGCCUGCUUAAAGCUCAGGUUUUAAUAACAAGUAGAAAAAUGGAACUAGCUUUCUAGAGAUGAGGAAGCAAAUGCAGAUAGCCUGUUGAUGACUGUCUAUGAGAAUAAAUAAUUAUACUUUAGUUUUUUCCCCUUUGUCAGUCAAAUCUAAAUCAUUGAAUUAAAAACAUGUAGACAUAUUUCAUGUUAUGCGCAGGGCUGUGCAGGCAACUUAUAGUUGCACAUAUUGUGUCCUCUCUAACUGACUGAUAAAGGUGUUUAAUAAGACUUAAAAGAAAUUCAUUUUUUGUUUGAGUUAACAUAAUCUCAUCUUGAAUUAUUUUAGGAAAACAUUGACUUUAUUUUGAAUAAAUAUAUGAAGUUUUUUUUUUUUAUUCAUGACUUUUUCUUUCCUUUGGGUGUCACUAUGAAGUGCUACAGUGGGAAAUAAAGAGCGUUCUCACUUUUUGCACUUUUGAGUCUAAGUGGGACAGCAAUGCAUUUAAGACGAUGGCAAAGAGCAAUAUUUGAGGAUCACCAAGUCUCUGUUUAAAUAUUUUUUCAUUUCAAGACUUUGGUGCGCCAGUUGUACCGU